CAUCGUGUCGCAGGAUAAAACGUCACACGUUUUCCUUUGAGGCGCACGCUGCUCUUUGUUUUGCUGUUAGCAGAAGUGUUUUUGUUUGUUUCACAUGGCGAAUGGCUGUCAAGAAGUGUUAUUUACGCGUGGGACAGGACAGAGUGAUGAUUCUGAUAUAUGGGAUGACACUGCAUUGAUCAAGGCUUAUGACAAGGCAGUUGCAUCAUUCAAGACUGCCCUAAAGGGUGAAGAGGAGCCACAACCCUCCAAGAAAAAUCAAAUGAAAAAACGCAAGAACAACAAAAAGAACCAAAGCAGAAAACGAACCAAUGCAUCGCCAGAUAAAGAGUGGCAGGUUGGGGACUCAUGCAGCGCCUACUGGUCAGAGGAUGGCCAGCUGUACGCAGCCACCAUCACCUCCAUAGAUGAGGAGAGGCGCACUUGUAUAAUUGUUUAUACCGGCUACGGCAACGAGGAGAAGCAGAACCUUAAAGACUUGCUCUCUGAGGUUUCUGGAGGUGGCGAGCAAACAAAUUCACAGGAGAAUGAGGCAGAAUCAUCAACAGAGGAGAGUGACAGAUCACUCACACCAAACCUACACAAACAGCAGCCACACAGUAAAGCUCACAAGUUCAAGGCUCACAGAAAACCUCCUCCUGCUUGGGCUCCUGGGUUCCCUGGGUUACCUAUGGGUCCUCCUCCCAUUCCGGCUUUCAGACAGGGGGGAAGCAGGCAGUCUGGUGGUUAUGGCCCUGUUCCGCCGUCCUGGCCUCCCAUGAUGCCCUUUGGGCCACCAAUGAUCCCGCCACCUCCACCCAUGAGCCCUGACAUGGAGGACGAUGAAGCUAUGGGCAGCAUGCUUAUCUCCUGGUACAUGAGUGGAUAUCACACUGGAUAUUACCUGGGGUUGAAGCAUGGGCGCAAAGAAGGUGCCAGUUGGACUAAAUUCCCUAAAAAAUAAAAUGAUCAGUGACUGAGGUCAAAAUUUGAACUACUCCCAGUUUGACUGGAAGUAGCAGCAGCAGCCCACGCUGCCAUCUGAUGUCCAUCCAUCUUAUUUCAGAUGGAAAUCUAUUCAAAUGCAUCUCCUUGUUGUAACUGAUGCAUUCCUCUGAAUUUUUCAAGGAGAGCUCUGUGUAAAUAAAGAUGAAUUAGACAUUGGUAACUGUAUUUGUUACAUUAUUAUUGAAUAAACAUAAAUAUUUACUGUA